AAUGUCACGGCAAGUUUGACAAGCGGCUCUAGGAACCAGCCUAUUCGUAGCCUAGCCUAGUGCCAGGCUUGGAAGUCUCAAUAGUGUGACUACUGCCAGCCACUCCUCUCCACCGCUUUAUCUUGAGCGCGAGAUUCGCGUAGUCAACUCGUCGGCGCAGAGUUGUUUUGGUUGUCGCGAGAGACACAUAAAUCAGGAUUUGCCACGUCAGCGCGUCAGCUCAGGGAUUGCCGCCUCCCCGAAUUCAUAGCCAUGGCUCUCUCUUCUGUGGCCACUGUCUCUCUCCCUGGGUCGUUGAACCAAUCCCUGGCAACAAAUGGCCGGCUUUCAUCGGCAAAAAGCGUAGUGUCGCAGCCCCUCGGUACACGUUAUCCUUGCUCAACUGACGAUUCGGUGACCCGGCGUUCAGUAGCGGUGAAGGCUCUCUUUGGCUGGGGCAAGCCCAAGGCCGAUCCGCCCUCCAAGUCCCCCCCGAAGAAGUCACCUCCGGCUAAGGGAAAGGUGUCCAGGGCAUCUUGCAGCACGUGCAGGGGCACAGGAGGCGUGGACUGCCCCAUCUGCAAGGGGACGGGGAAGAGCAAAACCAAGGGCAACAUGCUCGAGAGAUGGAAGUGCUACAAGUGCCAGGGUUUUGGGCUGGUCAGCUGCCCCAACUGUGGGUCAGGAGGGCUGACCCCUGAGCAACGGGGCGAGCGAUGAUCGUAGGAGCUAUAUGGUACACGAGUUGAAACUUUUAUUGCUACAAAUGUCAGGGUUUCGCUUUUCGGCCUGGUCGGCUGCCUGAACUGUGGGUCUGGUCUGGAGGGUUCACCCACGAGCAACGGGGCGAGCGAUGAUUGUACCGUAGGACCUAUAUGCCCAUGUUUUGGCCUGAUGCCCCUGUCAUGGGGUAGAAUGACGCAGCAAGGCAUGCUGCCGGACCAGCCAAUGCUGCUUCAGCAAGGAAUGGUGAUGCAAAAUCAAGGCAUGCUGCCAAGCAUGCCACCCCCACUCCCUCAAGGGCUGUUGCUGCUGCUGACACUGCUGCUGCUGCCGACGCCAGUGCUGCAUCUCACCUCAUGAGUCAUGGCCUCCUUUCUCCCCUCGUGGUGGCGGGAGAGUCAUGAAGUCACAACCAGUCCUAACCAUUGGGACAAGGGAUGUCACCAAGAGGGUUAGGCUCCAUAUAUCCACCUUCCCCGGGGAAAGCCUCCCCAGUACCCUCCCCAGAGGUAGAGAGAGGAUCGAUAGGGUUAUCCCAGUGUCACGACAGGGAGCGUCUGCCAAAGGCAGUGUCAAGGGGGCCAAAGGGGGGAGAUGGUCGGCAGAUGGGGGAGCACGGGCAGCAGGGGCAGAAGCCGCUGUGCUGCCAGGCAACGAGAGGGCGAGUUUUGGCACAAGGGGGGCGUUGUCGUGUUGAGCAAGGCACGACGGGCUUCUGGCAUGCAUGAGCGGGAGCAAGGCAGAAGGGAAAGGCGGAAACGAGGGGGUGAUGGGCAGUAAGGGGAUGGGCAGCUAGAAGAUGGGUAGAGAGAGGAUUGGACGGGAAGUUUUCUCUCCCCCCCCCCCCUCCUCUGUCAAACAUAUUUAUAUAUGUAAUAAUAGGCUAGAUAGGUGCAUGCUCUUAGAGGGUACAACCACUU